AUAAAUAAAUUAUAUGAACACAACGCUUUCGAUUCCAUUGCAGCUUCGUUGAGAAGACAAUCAAGACGUUGAUUACGAAGUCAGAAAUAUCUCCGUAAUACUGCAAGAAAUUGGUUUCGCAGAGAAAGAUGUCUACGUUGGUUGUACCCCCAGCUCCUCCUUCCCCAAGAGAUGAUGCUAUACAGCUUUACCGCGCUUUCAAGGGAUUUGGAUGUGAUACUAGUGCUGUCAUUAAUAUACUUGCUCACCGUGAUGCUACGCAACGUUCCUACAUACAACAUGAGUACAGAGCUAUGUAUUCUGAGGAUCUUCUUAAACGCUUAUCUUCUGAGCUUAGUGGCAAGCUAGAGAAUGCAGUUCUGCUCUGGAUGCAUGACCCUGCUGGACGUGAUGCUGUAAUCCUUAGGCAGACACUGGUUGCAGAUAAAAGCCUUGAAGCUGCUACCGAAGUGAUAUGUUCACGAACUCCAUCCCAGCUACAAUAUUUAAAACAGAUAUAUCAUUCUAAGUUUGGAGUUUUUCUUGAACAUGACAUUGAAAGGAAUACAUCUGGAGAUCAUAAAAAGAUCUUGCUUGCAUAUAUAAGCUCUCCUCGACUUGAAGGCCCUGAAGUUAAUAGAGAGAUGGCUGAGAAGGAUGCAAAGGUUCUCUACAAGGCAGGGGAGAAGAAAUUAGGAACUGAUGAGAAGACUUUCAUUCAAAUUUUCAGUGAAAGAAGUGCAGCACAGUUGAAUGCCAUAAGUUCUUAUUACCAUGAUAUGUAUGGACACUCACUGAAGAAGGCAGUAAAGAACGAAACCUCGGGGAAUUUUGGUUAUGCACUUUUGACAAUAGUUCGAUGUGCACAGAAUACAGCAAAGUAUUUUGCGAAGGUACUCAGCCUUCACAAGUGCCAAUUCCAUCAUUGCCUGCUGUCUCACCAUCAGUUGAUGAAAUCGAGACCAUUAUGGAUGAUCAAAUGGUCUUUACCUCUGAGGGGCCCAUCCGUCGUUAUUUGGUUCGUUGGAGAGGUCGAUCUGAUGAAGAUGCCACCUGGAUUUCAGAAGAUGAAUUCCAACAACUUAAUCCUGCCUUGCUAGAAGCCUAUCAACUCUCUACCUCUCCGGAGGAGAGUUCUUUGCAGCAGGGGAGAAUUGAUAGAAAAUAUGGCAAAUGUUAUUUUAGAAAGAAAUAAUUGUUUUUGCAUUAUUUAGUAUUUUGUAAGUUUCCUUCUAAAGGAAGGAAACCUGACCUGCUUUUGUUUGUUCUACUCUUUAUUUAAAUCUGCAAGUUGAGCUUUCCUUAUAGGGAAGGAAACCUCAAACUUAUAUUUUAUUUCAUUUUAUGUUUCCUUCAUAAGAAGGAAACCUUAAUUGUGGCUUCUAUAAAAAGCCACCAUGCAGCACAUGUAAGGGAGUUCUAAGAGUUGGAAUGAAUUGCUGUUCUAUUCCCCUAUCUAUCA